UAAAACUCUACCGGCAACUAGAUCUUAGUAAUUGUGGAAGUGAAAUGUUUAUAUUAUGGAAUAAUAUAGGACGACACAAACAAAAGCAAAAACAACAUGGAACCCAUGCAAUGUGACGAAACGGCGCGUGCCUCGAUUUUAGAGUUGUUCAAAAAGCGCGCAUUAUUUGUGCCGAAUGUGGAGAAUUUAUCGCUGGCUCAGCUGCAGCAAAUUUACGAUGGAUUUGCGGUUCCGCAGCCACGUCGCGAGCGUCGUGAACGAUCACGACAUGAUGUUCUCGAUGAAAAACUGCCGGUGGAAAUGGAGAAUUUAAUGCAACGAAUCAAAGUCGUGUAUGUGGUGGGAGAAAAGCGUUCUCCUUCAUCGUCCUCGCCUUUUCAUAGCAGCGAGCCAAAGCGUUUGAAACGCAACGAGAGGGAAGAUGUUGGCAUGUGAUGUAGCUGACAGUAGCUGGUUGCUAUGACACGCGAACCGAAAAAAAGCGAUGGCAAAUUCACCCCACCAUAAAGAGCGAGAUGGCAUAAACUAUGGACCAAUAAUGGUAUUUUUUUUAUUAUUAUAUAAAUAAGAUUUGUUAAGACUGAAAUAUGCGAACUUGAAACGUAAUCUUUCAAGUCAAAGAUCAGCGCUGUUUUUUUAUCAGUUGAAAGGAGAAU